CCUUUCCCCUGCCGAUGCCCCCACCCCACCCCCAAAGGGUUAACACCUUCUGCUGCUUCCCACUCCACACCCCGCCCCAUGGCUGGGGAUCCCCGCACUUUCCCAAGGUGACUCCUGCAGGAGAGAAUGCCUCAGGCCCAAGAGCAGAUAGAAAGCAGCUGGUCUUGGGUGGUAUUGCUGGCCACCAUAGUGGUGCAGGGCCUGACGCUGGGCUUCCCUACUUGUAUCGGUAUCUUCUUUGCUGACCUCCAGCAUGAUUUCCGAGCCAGCAACAGCGAGACAUCCUGGUUCCCCUCCAUCCUGAUCGCAUUACUUCACGCUGGAGGGCCCAUUUGCAGUAUACUGGUGGAGCGCUUUGGUUGCCGCAUGACAGUGAUGCUUGGAGGAGUCCUGGCCAGCUCAGGCAUGGUGGCCAGCUCUUUCUCCCAUUCCCUUAGCCAGCUCUACAUCACAGCCGGAUUCAUCACAGGCCUGGGCAUGUCCUUCAGCUUUCAGGCAGGAAUCACAGUGUUGGGACACUACUUCUCCUACCACCAGGCACUGGCCAACGCAUUGGCCUCAGCUGGUGUCUCCAUUGGAAUCACACUGUGGCCCCUGCUUUCCCGCUACCUCCUGGAGGAUUUCGGAUGGAGAGGCACCUUCUUGAUCUUUGGUGGGGUCUUCCUUCAUUGCUGCAUCUGUGGGUCUGUCAUGAGGCCUGUGGCUCCUAAGUCUGAGUCAGCCUACCCCCCACCCAACAAGGUCCCCGAACCGGGUUGUCUGUUGACUUGUGGUCGGGCUGUGCAGAGACAUCUGGCCUUUGACGUCUUCCUCCAGAACCAGGGCUACCGCUUCUAUACCCUGGGUGUGGUAUGGCUGCUGAUGGGCUUUAUGGUUCCCCACAUCUUCCUGGUGCCCUUUGCCUUGAGCCACAACAUAGAAGAACACAAGGCUGCUUUGCUCAUCUCCAUAAUUGGCUUCAGCAACAUAUUCCUCAGGCCUGUGAUUGGGGUGGUGGCUGGCUGGUCAAUGUUUGCUGGUCAUCGUGUGUACCUUUUUGCCCUGGCAGUCUUGUUAAAUGGGCUGAGUAACCUCAUCUGUGUCAUCUCAGCCAGAUUCUCUGUGCUGGUUUUCUAUUGCCUGGUGUACAGCAUCUCCAUGAGUGGCAUCGGGGCUCUGCUCUUCCAGGUGCUCAUGGAUAUAGUGCCCAUGAACAGAUUCUCCAGUGCCCUGGGCCUCUUCACCGUCCUUGAGAGUUUCACCGUCCUCAUAUCUCCUCCUCUGGCUGGUCUACUUUUAGACACUACCAGCAACUUCAGCUACAUUUUCUACAUGUCCAGCUUCUUCCUCAUCUCAGCUGCCUUCUUCUUGGGCCUCAGCUUCUUCAUUCUCAACAAGAAUAAGGAGAAACAAAUGACGGACAGAGUCCAUGAAGAACUGACUCUGGAAAAGGACCUCGCCCAGAGAUGCACAGAGGAGCCUUCGACUCAGCCACACUCCACAGUCACAUAUGUGACAUAUGUCACAAGUGUCUGAGCCAAGGAGCUCGAGG